AUGACAUCCUACAAUAAUUUUCCUGCACCACAAGAACCACUGAACUCUACUGGUUACGCACCUAAUGUAGGCGCUUUUCAACCGGAUGCCCAGAGCUCAGGACCACAGAGGCUACGACGACAAAGGUUCGAGCAGUGGAAGAGGUGGCUCAGAAUUCUCAAGGGCAUUACCGGAACCUUCACCCUAAUCUUCAACGCUGUGAUGUUUGGCAUAAUGGUUUGGGUUAAUGCGAAGUACUAUUCCACCAAAGACUUGGUCAAAGAUGGAAAAAGUGCAUGGCCAACUCACGGAACGAAAGUCUGGCCUUCCAUUAUGCUUCUGGCUGCAUCUGGAUUCACGCUCGUAACAACAACCAUCAUUCUGAUUCGUUACUGUUGGAACAGGAAAAAGUCCUCCGCCAGCUGGAAGAUUACGCUAGGCAUAUACGCGGUACAUAUUACGUCGUGGAUCGCUGUGUCAACCCUUUACAGAAUCGAAAAAAGCUUGCAUGGAAACAACAAUGAUCUCUGGGGAUGGUCGUGCGCGAACCAGGCGAAUGCGGUACAAGUUGCGUUUAAUGGAACAAUCGACUUCAGCAAUCUGUGCUCCGCUCAGCUUGCGUUUGCCAUCGGCCACUUCUAUUUACAUCGGAAAGUGGAAGGACAAAAGCAGAAUUUGGCGGAUCAAGCUGGCGGGGCAACGAGUGAUCUCCUACAGAACAUCUUUUGA